UUCACUUUUUCAGAGGAAGUCAGACAGGAUCAUGUUGAGGAUGACUAUGAAGAUGAAACGGGAGUAGAGUGCACUGACCAGGAAUUCAGAUGUCCAUAUCUGGCCGAGACAAAGUGCUUCCAUUACGACAAGCUAUGUGAUGGAGUUGAUGAUUGCGGCGAUGGAAGUGAUGAGUCGCAUUGCGAAUCAGGCAGUCAAGAGGAGCGUGAGUUCAGUGGAGGACAGGAGUCUUCGGUGUCAUCCGACCCAACGGUACAUAGUUGUCCGCACCACCAAUUCAGAUGUGGAGACGGUACGUGCAUCGAGAAAUCGCUUGCAUGCGAUCGGAAAUAUGACUGCUCAGAUGGGACCGACGAAACAGAAUGCGGUAAGUGA